AUGCUUAGAUCUCUCAUUGCUAACGCUGCCAAGCCCUCUACCUUGCGUAUGGUCGCUAGACCUGCCAUCAAUCAAGCCAAGCGCGGCUAUGUCUUCCCUGCUGGUCAACAAGAGUUCCUCAAUGACAGACUCGAAAAGAUGGAUCCUGAAAUGUUUGAUAUCAUUGAAAAGGAAAAGAAGAGACAACAAGAAAGUGUUGAUCUCAUUCCUUCUGAGAACUUUACCUCCAGAGCUGUUAUGGAUGCUCUUGGCAGUGUCAUGCAAAACAAGUACUCUGAAGGUUAUCCCGGUGCCAGAUACUAUGGUGGUAACGAAUUCAUUGAUCAAUCCGAAAACCUCUGUCGUAAGAGAGCUUUGGAAGCCUUUGACCUCGAUAACGAAAAGUGGGGUGUUAAUGUUCAACCUUUAUCUGGUGCCCCUGCCAAUUUGUAUGUUUACGGUGCCAUCAUGAAGCCUCAUGAUCGUAUUAUGGGUCUUGAUCUUCCCCACGGUGGACAUUUGUCUCACGGUUACCAAAUUCCUAACAAGAAGAUUUCUCAAGUCUCUGCUUAUUUCGAGACAUUGCCUUACCGUUUGGAUGAAAGCACCGGUCGUAUCGAUUAUGAUGCUUUGGAAAAGAACGCCAUGCUCUACAGACCCAAGGUCAUUGUUGCUGGUGCUUCCGCCUAUGCUCGUAAUAUUGAUUACGCUAGAAUGAGAGAGAUUGCCGAUAAAUGUGGUGCCUAUUUGAUGGCUGAUAUUGCACACAUUUCUGGUUUAAUUGCUGCUGGUGUCUUGCCUGGUCCUUUCGAACAUGCUGAUAUUGUCACUACUACUACUCACAAGUCUCUUCGUGGUCCUCGUGGUGCUAUGAUCUUCUUCAGAAAGGGUCUCCGUAGCGUUGAUAAGAAGGGCAGAGAAACCCACUACGACUUGGAGAAUGCCAUCAACCAAUCUGUUUUCCCCGGUCAUCAAGGUGGACCUCACAACCAUACCAUUGGUGCCUUGUCUGUUGCUCUCAAGCAAGUCAAGUCACCUCUUUUCAAAGAAUACCAAACCCAAGUCUUGAAGAACAAUGCUGCUUUUGCUGAUCGUUUGAAUGCUCUCAAAUACGACCUUGUCUCUGGUGGUACUGACAACCACUUGCUUUUGGUUGACUUGAAGUCCAAGGGUGUUGAUGGUGCUCGCGUUGAACGUGUGUUGGAGUUGGUCAACAUUUCUUCCAACAAGAACACUGUUCCCGGUGACAAGAGUGCUUUGAUCCCUGGUGGUCUUCGUAUUGGUACUCCUGCCAUGACCAGUCGUGGUUUCAAGGAAUCUGAUUUCGUCAAGAUUGCUGAUUUCAUUGACCGUGCUGUCAAAAUUACACAAGAAGAGAAGGGUAAGGCUGGUGGAAAGAAGUUGGCUGACUUCAAGAACCACAUUGGUGACGGUAGCGCCAUCUCUUCUAUCCAAGAAUUGAAGAAAGAAGUCUCUGAUUUUGCUUCUACUUUCCCUACUGUCGGUUUCUGGGAAUCAGAAAUGAAGUAUUAA